AUGGCAGAUGGAAGACAUUCACCAGACUGGGCAAACAUUCAGACAGACCUUCUAGGUCUCAUCUUGGACCGCUUGCCCUUCAUUGACGUGCUUCGUUGCAGAGGCGUCUGCAACUCUUGGCGGUCAGUUACCAUAGCCCACAUCUCAUCUUCACCGCUACUCUACAGCCCAAAGCUUCAACCCCCAUGGCUGGUGCUUAAUCCCAUCGAAGAAGAAAACGUUUAUCAUCACGUUCGUGGUUGCCAAUUCCUCGAUCUCGGAGAGAGGAGGCUAUACAAUCUAAAGCAGAGGAAUGAACAUGAAUUGGACUGGACUUGCAGAAGGAUGGGAUCGUCGCGAGGGUGGCUCAUGAUUUGGGGAGUGCAACAAAACCCAUAUAUCUUCAACCCGUUCUUGGACGUCGGCUUUCAUCCUCCCCCGGCUCCAACGAAAUUUAUCCAUAAAGCCAUUUUACUUGCAGACCCUAUUCUCAACGGCCGCAACUACGGUGUGGCGGCCAUUUAUAGUUGUCCUUCCGUUGGGGGUAAUCUUAUCUACACAAACUGUGGAGAUAGCCAUUGGAGCAGACCCAGAGAAGGUAGAAACUAUGCCGAUAUAAUCUGCUGGAAAGACCAUGUUUAUGCAUUAUCCAACAGGGGAUUUGUUGACGUCUGGGACUUGGGCAGUUCUUCGACGCCAUUAAGGAAGAUGACAAUUGAAUCUUCUUUCCCGCUAGAGAUGUUCGUCGACAUUGAUCUUGACUGCAAACAGUUUUACUUGGUGGAGUCUUUGGGCCAGCUCCUGUAUGCAGUAAGGUACACCGGAAUCUUCGACGGACAGGACGGAGGGAUGGUCUAUGAGAUGGUUCUUCACCUUCCUGAACACAGGGCAAAGAUGUUUCGUGUCUAUAAGCUGGAUUUUCUCGGGAAAAAGUGGGAGAAAGUGGAGUCUCUGGGCGAUGAGAUGCUGUUUGUGGGUGCGAACGAAUCGAUUGCAGUGUCGGCCAAGGACUUCCCGCAGUACCAGAAGAAUUCAAUAUAUUUCACGCAAGAUAAUUGGUGGUUGAUGAAGAGCCAUGACGCGGGGCUGUUCAGUUUGGAAGAUGACAGCAUCAGACGUGUGUUUAAGCCAGACGUGAUGCCCGGGAUUAUGACGCCACCUUGUUGGAUUCUUCCUCGUUCGCCUCAGAAGUGCCUUCCAGGAGACUUCAUUCAUUAG